AUGUAUGAGAAAAAACGACGAAAAAUAGUAGAACCGGUGUAUGACGAACUGGGCAAACAUUUAUUAGCAUGGUUUGCAGAAAGAAGGACACUUAGUGACCGUGUAACAGACGCCUUAAUGUUAAAGAAAGCCAGGGAAUUAAAAGAAAAUUUGCCAUCGUGUUCGCGUUUCAAAGUGAGCCGUGGGUGGUUGUCAAAAUUUAAAAAACGCCAUGGCAUACGUUUAGCGUGUAAGGAAAAAGCUAGUGCUGACCAAGAUGUUGCAAACACAUUUAUAGAUGAUUUUAAAAAAUUAAUACAAGAAAAAAAUAUAAAUUUAGAAAACAUUUAUAAUAUGGAUGAAAGUGGGCUCCUAUGGAAGGCUCUUCCAACAAAAACACUUGCAGAAGAUGAAGCAAGAAACAUUAGCGGUUAUAAACUUCGAAAGGACAGAAUUACCAUUGGAUUAUGUACAAAUGCAUUAGGCACACAUAAAAUUAUGCCACUAGUAAUAUACAAAUAUAAAAGCCCAAGGGCUUUGAAACAUGAAGUUUCCUUGCCUGUCAUUUUUAAAUCACAAAUGAAUGCUUGGAUGGACCGGACAUUAUUUUUAGAUUGGUUUGAAAACCAUUUCAAACCGUCUGUACAGGAGUAUCAAGAUCAAAAACAAACAUUUGGUAAAGUAUUUUUGCUAUUAGAUAAUUGUGAAAGCCAUAAAGUUUCAUCAGCAGUACAGGAAGAUGAGCAUUUUAAAAUUAUAUAUUUACCACCCAACGCAACUUUUAUUCAGCCAAUGGAUCAGGGAAUCAUAGAAGAAACAAAAAAAAUUUUCCGCCACAAAAUGUUACAGCGUGUUCUAACAUAUGAUAACGGAGUAAUUGAAUUUUAUAAGGACUACACAUUAAAAAAUUGCAUUGAUAUUUUAUCCAAAUCGUGGUUGGAAAUUACACAGAGUAAUAUUAGAAAUGCAUGGAACAAAAUUAUUGGGCCUGUUACUCCUUCAAAUGACGUGAAAUGUAAAACAGAAAUUCAACUUGAUUGGGAAGACAUGAUAAGUGUUAUCACAGGAGAGGAAUGUACACAGCAACAUGUUACAGAAUUUUUAUCUGUUUGUGGAGAAGCAGAAAGAAAACAUGAAGAGGAACAAAUCAAAGAAGAAACUGUUUCUGAAGAAGAACCCCCAGAAGAACCACAUGAAAUUAUUUAUCAAGAGCAUAAUAACGAAAUUGUGAGAAACGAGUUAUUGAAUAGAGGACUCAAGAGGAAUAACAAACAAUCACUGAAAAUUCAUACUGUUUUCGAUAAAAUAAAGAAUUUCAAUAAAUUAUAA